AUUGAAUUAGAGUAUGAGUAACUUUUUUGUGAAAUUGAAAAUGGCUAGACAAUUUGAUAAAUUUCUAGGAGAAAGAUAUUGUGGAGUACCUAAAUUGCAACACUUUUUAUAUUAAGUAAAUUUAAAUAAGUGAUGAAACUUGUAAAUCAAUAAAAACACGUUUACAGAUAUAUAGAGAGAAGAAAUGAAAGAAAAAUGUAUUGAUUUUAUAAAAGAUUUGCAGAAUACAAUUUGAAAGGAUAUUUGGAAAUAUAAUUUUAUAAUUGAAAAGUAGUAGUAGGGUUCUGUUUAUUUUGAGUAUUGAGAUUAUAGUAUUGGUUGUACAUAUUAUAUAAUAAGGAGAUCUAGUAAAAAAAGGAUUUUGAAUAGGAACUGUAAUA